AUGGCCCCGGGGGACCCCUGCAUUCCACCCCGGCAAAGACCUCCAGCUGUGCGGCCUCCGUUGACGCCACUGGCGGCAGCUGGUGACUUAAUCGAUGGUGCAGGGCUUCGUCACACCAGCUCAGCCACGCCUCCGCAGGCCAGUUUCUCUGAGUCGGUGUUCGAGCCCGGCCAUAGCCUUCCUUCAAGCGCAAAGCACCUGGGACCGAGACCCUUGAGUGUGGCUGCGCUGACCGGCAGCGCCGCCCUCCCGCGCCCUCUGCUGUGCCUCAAAAAUAAUCAGUCGAGCUCUGCGCCCCUCGGUGUGACCCUCAAACGCACAGCAGCGACCAAGCCCCUCCACGUGAGCCUUGCCAGCGGCCACCGGGACCUGGACUACGGCUCGGUGCAGCCACACCUCAUGUGCGACGAUGGGGAGGGGGAGGUGAGCCAGCAGCCGCCCGCGCCCAGCGAGGACACCUGGAAGGAGUUCGAGCUGCUGUCCACACUGCGCCCAUCCCUGGGCCAUGCCGGGCUGUACUCACCUCCCAGCGAGGCGGUCACUGCGUCUUUCUCCCUCUGGGAACACAACGAUGACAGCUUAUUCCCCACAGACCUGUUGGAGAUGGUGCCCGAGCUGCCAGGAGGAGACUCAGUGAGGCACAGCUUCGUCUGCGCGGAGACGUUGGUGAAGAACACUGUCCUGCAGGACUGCAUGUUUUGGAAUGCCUUCUCGGCCUCCGCCAAGCUGGUCUCCGAGCUGGACCCCUACCAGACUGUGCGCAAAGAAGGCGCCAGAGCGAGCCCGGCUGCGCACGCUGAGCCUGCGAGUCCUCCAGACUGCAUGCACUUGCAAGCCCUGAGCGCAGCGCACUGGAUCUUUGGAUUGUAA